GCCGCCAUUACCUGACCAGCAAGCACCACAGCGGUUCUCUGAGCUCUGUGUGCAUCUGGAGAAGUUACCAAGUGGUUUCUGCUUUUUACAGGGCAGGAUUCUCAUCUGAGACGAGUGGGAAGGGUCUUCUGCCCCCAGGGCAUGGCCAAAAGGCAGGAUUAACUGUGUCUUGCAGUCUUCGCUCUCUGGUUACAGCCAGGGUGGGCCCAAGAGGGGGCAAGAUGUGGCUCCAAGUUCUGCUGACUCUGCUGCUCUGUCCAAGCCUUGAAGGGAAAGAAAACUCUUUCACCAUCAACAGCAUCCAGAUGAAGAGCCUUCCAGACUGGGAGGUGAGUAACGGGCAGAACCUGACCCUGCAAUGCGUUGUGGAUGUCAGCACCACCUCACAAAUCAAGACUCAGCACUUGAUGCUAUUCUAUAAGGAUGACCUGCUGAUACACAACGUCACCUCCACCGAGAGCGUAGAGAACUAUUUUAUUCUCCAAGCUCGGGUCUUUCACUCAGGAACGUACAAAUGCACCGUGAUUCUGAACAACAAGGAGAAAACCACAAAGGAGUACCAGGUGUUUGUGAACGGAGUGCCCAGUCCCAGGGUGACGCUGGACAAGAAGGAGGUGAUAGAAGGCGGGGUCGUGACCGUCCAUUGUUCUGUCCCAGAGGAAAAGCCACCCAUACAUUUCACAAUUGAAAAACUUGAACUAGAUACAAAAAUUGUCAAGCAAAAAAGAGUGAAGUCCUCUCCGAACCAGAAUUUUGUGACGCUGGAUUUCCCAAUUGAGGAACAGGACCAUGUUUUAGUGUUCCGCUGUCAAGCUAGGAUUGUGUCUGGGAUCCACAUGCAGAUCUCGGAAUCUAUCAGGAGUGAACUGGUCACCGUGAGGGAAUCCUUCUCUACUCCCAAGUUCCACAUCAGCCCUCCCGGGAUGAUCACAGAAGGAGAUCAGCUCCAUAUUAAGUGCACCAUUCAAGUGACACACCUGGCUCAUGAGUUUCCAGAAAUCAUAAUCCAGAAAGACAAGGCCAUAGUGACCACCACCAAACACGGCAACGAGGCCGUCUUCUCCGUCAUGGCCCUGGUGGAGCACAAUGGUAACUACACCUGCAAAGUGGAGUCCAACCGGAUUUCCAAGGUCAGCAGCACCAUGGUCAACAUCACAGAACUAUUUCCCAAGCCAAAGCUGGAGUCUUUGUCUACCCAUCUGGACCAAGGUGAAAAGCUGAACCUGUCCUGCUCUGUCCCAGGAGCACCUCCAGCCAACUUCACCAUCCGGAAGGAUGACAUGAUUGUGUCACAGGAUCAGAAUUUCACCAAAAUUGCUGCAGAGUGGGACACGGGGACAUACACCUGCACAGCAGGCAUCGGCAAGGUGGUCAAAAAAAGCAACAUGGUCCAUAUCACAGUGUGUGAAAAGCUCUCCAAGCCCAGUAUUUUUCAUGAUGUUAAGUCUGAGAUCAUAAAAGGAAAUCCCAUAAAAGUCAGCUGCCAAUCAAUAAAUGGAACAUCACCUAUUUCUUACCAUCUUGUAAAAGCAACGAACAUUUUGCAAAGUCGUAUGAUGACCUCAAAUGAUCCUGCAGAAUUCAUAGAUAAGCCUACCAAAGAUGUAGAAUACCAGUGCAUUGUGGAUAAUUGCCAUUCUCACCUGGAAAUGUUCAGCGAAGUUCUGAAGGUCAAGGUGAUAGCCCCGGUGGACCAGGUCAAAAUUUCUAUCCUGUCGAGUGAGGAGGUGGAGUCUGGGGAGGAAAUUGUGCUUCGAUGCUACGUGGAUGAAGGAACUGGGCCCAUCACAUACAGCUUUUACAAAGAAAAGGAGAAAAGCCCCUUCUACCAAAGCAUCUCCAAUGAGACCCAGGCAUUUUGGCACAAGGAGCAGGCUAGCAAAAAGGAAGAGGGGCAGUACUAUUGCACGGCCUCUAACAGAGCCAGCCUCACGCAAAAGAGUACCCAAAGCAACACUCUGACAGUCAAAGUCUUUCUUGCCCCAUGGAAGAAAGGACUUAUUGCAGUGGUUGUCAUCGGAGUGAUAAUCGCCACCUUGAUAGUUGGAGCCAAAUGCUAUUUUCUGAGGAAAGCCAAGGCCAAGCAGAUGCCUGUGGAGAUGUCCAGGCCAGCAGCACCACUUCUGAACUCCAACAAUGAGAAGGUAUCAGAGCCCAGUAUGGAAGCCAACAGUCAUUAUGGUUACAGUGACAAUGUUGGAAACCAUGCAAUGAAACCACUAAAUGAAAAUAAAGACCCCCUGAGCUCAGAUGUGGAGUACACAGAAGUGGAAGUGACCUCAGUGGAGCCCCACCAAGAUCUGGGAACGAAGGGCACAGAGACAGUGUACAGUGAGAUCCGGAAAGUCGACCCUAAUUUCAUGGAAAACAGAUAUUCUAGAACGGAAGGCUCCCUUGAUGGAGUUUAGGACAGCGAAGGCGGGUGCACAUCCCUGGGAGGACAUCCACAUUCCAGGAAGAGCAGAUGACUCCCAUACUCCCAGAGCUCUGUGUAUUUUCAUGCUCCCACCGAACACAGCAAUUCCUCAGGCCAAGUCACCAGUUCUUAACUAAUCCAUCCUGCCAAGUUCAUGUCAGAUAUAAAGAGUUUCAGAGAGGCUGUUCAAUUGCCCACAUGGCCCUCCUCCCAAGUUGGAGCAUCCUUGCAAUUUGGAAGAGCAGAAGGAGGCUCAGAGUAAACAGGCCACGGGGAUAUUUUGAAACUUGAAUAUUUUGUCUUGGACAGAGAUAAAGAACUUUUCUGUGUGUCCUCCUCCAGAGACACCAGUUUUUGUUUAAUAGUUAAUCACUCUACUGAAUGGUCUGGUGUUGGGCUAGUUUUUGGUUUUGUUUUUCUUUUCCUUUGGUCUUUCAAAGGCCUUUGGUUCUGGGUCGUCCUUGUUCUUUGGAAAUACAGCACUGACAAGAUACCUUUCCCCUGUCCCUCCCGUGACUUCAGCCACCACAAGUGGGAAAACAAAGCCAUUUGGGAGCAACUCCUUGAAAAUGCCAGCUUGAAAAGACAAGGCUUACAGUGAGCAGUGCUCAAAAACAGAGUGAAUGUUCUUAACCUGUGUUCUAGAUCUUUCCUUUCCCAUGCUGAAGGCCAAAAGGAGAAAUGGUUGCCUACAGCAAAUAUUAUUUUUAAUAGAAAAAUGAAAUGUGUAUUUUUCUUACUAAUUUUUUUUAAUUUAUUCCUUGCUAAAGAAAUGGUCUCCUGAGGUCUUGGCAGGAAGGAAGAUGUGGCCAUUUUGCAGUGGAGAGGGUACAAUGAAUCCAAAUUCCCUUCCUUGUCUGCCUCAGUGACACAGCCUGCAGGAUCCUGUGUGUGGGGGGGAUUGUAUUAAAUAAAUUUGAUUUUUACUCUUCAUGCAUCUGUGAAAUGUCAUCUUCUGAGAGGCUACCUGUAGCCUUCAAGGACUCCCCAGGCCUCUGGAGUCACAGA